GAGAGAGAGAGAGAGAGAGAGAGAGAGAGAGAGAGAGAAUUGAACGAAUCAAGCAUCAACCGUUAACAACCCCAGCCAGGUAAAGAAGCCAAAAUCAACGGCUACAGAUUCAUUUCAUCAACCUUUCAAACUACAGCAAUCGUCCUAAAAUACCCAUUACCCUCGAGCUCGUCGAAGAAUUUUAUCCAAAAUAUAUAGCCUUCACUGAUCAAAUCCAGCACUAAAUUCUCAUUCGCCAGCCCCCGGAAUUUCUCAUAUCCGUUAGCAUUUUUCAAAUCUGCGAAAGGGGAGCAGAAAUUGAGGGACGCGGCAGAAGUAAACCCUAAUCCCCCUUUUUAUUUUUUAAUCCCCCGAUUUCACCCAUGUGUAUUGAAUUUUUGAUUCCUCCCCAAACCCCUUCGUUUUGGUUCCGGUGAAUUAUUCCGAGAUCAAAGUUAUGUUUUUGAGAACGUACGGGCGUCGGAGCGGAGGCUUGACCAGGACCCAUACGGCGGCGAAUAGCUUCUCCGACGGACUAUCGGAUUCCUCCUCCCAAGAAUUCACUCAAGACGUUUACGAUUUCACUUUUCCCUCUCAGGAUUCCACUCGCUGCCAGUGGUCCGAUCCGUACAAUUUCGGUUCUUCGCAGGAGUCUGCUCAAUUGGCGUUUUUGCCGUCAAGAAAGAGUGGUGAUAGUGGCGGCGGUAUUUGGAAAUCGAAGAAAGUAAUCGAUUUGGAGCCCGAUGGUUCGAGUUCUUCCCUAGAAUCGAAGGAAUUUCGGGUUUUGGAAAUUUCAGAUGGGGAUUUACAGAAAUCGAAGAAGCUAAAGAAAGUCAAUUUCGAUCCGUAUGAUUAUAAUUCAUCGCAGGAGUUGGAGGAGCUGGUGGUUCUGCCUCAAGUGAAGGGCAGAGUGAACAGGGUUUCUGAUUCAUAUUUGUUAAAUUCGUCGCAGGAGUCGGGUGAUUUGGGGGUUUCGCAGUCGAGAAAAAACGAGGGUAAUUUUAACCACACGAGAUUCGAUGGGGUUUCUGGAAAAUCCAAGAAGAAGGAUAAAGGAGGAAAUGGGAUUUCACAGAAGAAAAAAAAGAAGAUGAAGUCAAAAGUGCCUGAACCAGCUUAUGUAGAGCUUACCUCUACAUUAAUGGAGACGCAAGAGUUUGGUGAGAUGAUGGAACACGUAGACGAGGUGAAUUUUGCUUUGGAUGGGUUGAAGAAGGGACAACCAGUGAGGAUUCGAAGGGCAAGUCUUCUCUCGUUAUUAUCGAUCAGUGGAACAGUGCAGCAGAGGCGGCUUUUGAGGGUUCAGGGGAUGGCCAAAACUAUCAUUGAUGCUGUUCUGGGACUGAGUUUUGAUGACAAACCAAGCAACCUUGCUGCUGCUGCUUUAUUUUAUAUUCUGACAAGUGAUGGUCAAGAUGAUUAUCUUCUGGAUUCACCAAGUUGCAUUCGUUUUCUUAUUAAAUUGUUGAAACCACUUUCAUCAAGUGCUUCCAAGGAAAAAGAGCUGCUCGUAGGUAGUAAGUUUCUAGGCUUGUGCAAGAAUGCUGGUUUAUUACAAGAGUCAGCCAAGGGAACAGAUUCCAGCUCUGAUGCAAUCAUUCUCAAGGUUCGGGAGAUCCUCGUCAGUUGCAAGGAAAUGAAGGCAGCAAAUAAUAGUGACGAUGGAAUUGAAGAGCCAGAGUUGAAUCCUAAAUGGAUUAGUUUGCUUACUUUGGAGAAAGCUUGCUUAUCCAAUAUCUCCAUUGAAGAUACCUCUGGCACUUUACGGAAAACUGGGGGCAAGUUCAAGGAGAAACUGAGAGAGUUUGGAGGUCUUGAUGAAGUGUUUGAAGUGGCAAGGAAAUGCCAUUCCAUCAUGGAGAAAUGGCUGGAGAAAAGUCCAACUUUUGAACUGGAUUCAAAAGAUAUUUCGGGUUUAGAAAGUCUUGCGCUGCUUCUGAAAUGCCUAAAGAUCAUGGAAAAUGCUACUUUCCUUAGCAAUGAUAAUCAGCGCCAUUUGCUUGGGAUGAAAGCUAGCUUUGAUGGUCAACGAGCUCCACGGUCUUUCACCAAGCUUGUUCUGAGUGUCAUUAAAAUUCUCUCAGGUGUUUCCUUGCUCCGAAGUUCUUUAGGCAGUUCCCAGAAUGAAAAGAUGGGUGUUUGUAGCAUGGAAUCCAGUCAGCUUUCUGCCGACCCUUUGUUCCUAAAGCAGAGAGUUGAAUCUUCUCAAGCAGGAUUGUGCAGCGGAACAUCUUGGAAUUCGAAUAAUGCAACCCAUAUAAUUAGCAGUGAUGAUUCAGAUACAGAAUUUGGUGGUGCAAAGAGGCAGCUUAUGUGUGCCAACACUGGAGUUAUGGAAUACGGUGGAGGAGAUCCUUUUGCAUUUGAUGAAGAUGAUUUUGAACCCUCGAAGUGGGAAUUAUUAUCCGUAAAUGGAAAGAAACCUUUAUCUCAAGAUAGUAGGGGAUAUAAUAAAUAUGAUAAAAAUCCAAGCCCCACUCCGCCAGUUUCGAGCCAACAAGAAUCGAAUAACGACUGUUUUCGUUCUCAGGAGGCCUCUUGUUCUUUGUCUGUUGAUGAAGAUAAGUCCAAUCUUCUUUCAGACUGUCUUCUUACAGCUGUUAAGGUUCUUAUGAACUUAACGAAUGAUAAUCCCGAGGGCUGUCAGCAAAUCGGUACCUGUGGGGGAUUAGAAAUCUUGUCUUCUCUGAUUGCUGGUCAUUUUCCGUCGUUUAGCUUAUCGUUGCCACAUUUUGGUGAUGUAAGAGAGGGUGGUUUGUCAGCUAAAUCAAGUCCUCUCACUGACCGAGAGCUGGACUUUCUUGUUGCUAUUUUGGGUUUGCUCGUGAAUUUGGUAGAAAAGGAUGGUUGCAACCGAUCUCGGCUUGCAGCUGCUAGUGUUUCGUUACCGAAUCUUGAAGGUUUGGAUUCGGAGGAUCAAAGUGAUUUGAUUUCUCUACUGUGCUCGGUCUUUUUGGCUAAUCAAGGGACUGGUGAAGCUGCUGGAGAGGAAAAACAGUUGUCAUGGGAGGACGAAGAAUCCAUAUUACAGGGAGAGAAGGAAGCGGAGAAAAUGAUAGUCGAAGCUUAUGCAGCUCUUCUUCUUGCAUUCCUUUCGACGGAAAGCAAGAGUGUACGCAAUGCCAUUGCACAAUAUCUCCCCAAUCGCAACUUAAAAGCACUCAUUCCGGUUUUGGAGAGAUUCCUGGAAUUUCAUUUGACGCUGAACAUGAUCUCACCGGAGACGCACACUACGGUUCUUGAGGUAAUAGAAUCAUGUAGGAUAAUAUGAGGAUUCGAGAAAUACUUAGUUUUUAUCGUAUAAUUUUACACAUCAUUUGUUGUUACGAAAAGGUCGCGAAAUAGUGGUAAUAUUUGUGGUGCAUUGAACCACAUGACUUGGUGGUGGUGUUUUAGUUGUUGCAAUUUGUGUUUGUGUAAUAUAUAUAUAUAGAUAUAAUUUUUAUUUUUUUGUUUCUUAAUUAAUUAUAAUUAAUAAUGUUUGGUGUAACUAUUAAUAUUAUAGUCGCAAUUGGAUGUUGAUUUUGCCCAGCAAAUUACAAAAC